UGAAGGGGCCUUGCGGUGCGGGCGCGACCCGGCCGCCGCGCGCUUCCCCGGGCAGCGGACCUGGUCCCCGCGCUGCCUCCACGCCGCUGACCCUCAAGGGGCUUGGACGGACUGCUGCUCCUCGCGCCGGCAGACGGCGAAUUGGGAAACUGAGCCCAGUUUCGGUCUUUUUAACCCUUAAGAGAAGAGGCGAGGAGAGAAGGGGGUGUGUGUCUGGGGAGGGCGAAGGAGCCGCGCACACCACCUCUUAACUCUCACGGCUGCAGCAGCUGCCUCCGGCCGGGAGCCGCCGACACACGGAGAGGGGGCAGCGCACGCAGCGGCAGCUGCUGGCGAGCGAGCGAGCGAGCACGGCCUGGGAGGCUUCAGGGUGCCCCUCAGCCCCGCCGGGUGGCAGCCGCGGGAGCGGGCCGGGGGCGCCGGAGGCAGGCUCCGGCGAUGAAGCGGCUUCCCCCGUGGCUGGUGCGAGCCGGUGCCAGGGUCCAAGGACAAAGCGGCGAAGCGCUGGUGGCGCCGCUCCUCGGGCUGAGGGGGGGGCAUGCACCUGCAUAGCCCGCCGGGCCUUGGCUCUCCCCCGCGCGCCUCAACGCCUCAACUCCGCCGCUUCGUCGUAGCCUGCUCCGGAUUUACUAGAAGCCAUUUUGUCUCCCCCACCCCUCCCCUCCCCUCCCCUCCCCUCCCCUCCCCUCUGCCCUCCCCGCCCCCUCGACUUCCCCCUUUUGUUAAUUAAAACUAAGAAGUAAGAAUGGCAACGACGUGGCCGGCUCCGGUGGAGAACGCUUAAGGACACCACGCCAAUCCCUUCCUUCCGAGAUGGAAAGAGGAGCUCCUAGCUCAUUUAAGCCGGGGUAGGGCUGGUUCUCCUUUCCGAGCCAAAAUCCCAGGCGAUGGUGAAUUAUGAACGUGCCACACCAUGAAGCUCUUGUGGCAGGUAACUGUGCACCACACCUGGAAUGCCGUCCUGCUCCCCGUCGUCUACCUCACGGCGCAAGUGUGGAUUCUGUGUGCAGCCAUCGCCGCUGCCGCCUCUGCUGGGCCCCAGAACUGCCCAUCCGUUUGCUCGUGCAGUAACCAGUUCAGCAAGGUGGUGUGCACCCGCCGGGGCCUCUCCGAGGUCCCUCAGGGUAUCCCCUCCAACACCCGGUACCUCAACCUCAUGGAAAACAAUAUCCAGAUGAUCCAGGCCGACACCUUCCGCCACCUCCACCACCUGGAGGUCCUGCAACUGGGCAGGAACUCCAUUCGGCAGAUCGAGGUGGGGGCCUUCAAUGGCCUGGCCAGCCUCAACACCCUGGAGCUGUUCGACAACUGGCUGACAGUCAUCCCCAGCGGGGCCUUUGAGUACCUGUCCAAGUUGCGGGAGCUCUGGCUUCGCAACAACCCCAUAGAAAGCAUCCCCUCUUAUGCCUUCAACCGGGUGCCCUCCCUCAUGCGCCUGGACUUGGGGGAGCUCAAGAAGCUGGAGUAUAUCUCAGAGGGCGCUUUUGAGGGACUGUUCAACCUCAAAUACCUGAACUUGGGCAUGUGCAACAUUAAAGAUAUGCCCAAUCUCACCCCCCUGGUGGGGCUGGAGGAGCUGGAGAUGUCAGGGAACCACUUCCCUGAGAUCAGGCCUGGCUCCUUCCAUGGCCUAAGCUCCCUCAAAAAGCUAUGGGUCAUGAACUCACAGGUUAGUCUGAUUGAGCGGAAUGCUUUUGAUGGGCUGGCCUCACUUGUGGAACUCAACUUGGCCCACAAUAAUCUCUCUUCUUUGCCCCAUGACCUCUUCACCCCACUGAGGUACCUGGUGGAGUUGCACCUACACCACAAUCCCUGGAACUGUGAUUGUGACAUUCUGUGGCUAGCCUGGUGGCUUCGGGAGUACAUCCCCACCAAUUCUACCUGCUGUGGCCGCUGUCAUGCUCCCCUGCACAUGCGUGGCCGCUACCUGGUGGAGGUGGACCAGGCCUCCUUCCAGUGCUCUGCCCCCUUCAUCAUGGAUGCACCUCGAGACCUCAAUAUCUCUGAGGGUCGGAUGGCGGAACUUAAGUGUCGGACUCCCCCUAUGUCCUCCGUGAAGUGGCUGCUGCCCAAUGGGACAGUGCUCAGCCAUGCCUCCCGCCACCCAAGGAUCUCUGUCCUCAAUGACGGCACCUUGAACUUUUCCCACGUGCUGCUCUCAGACACUGGGGUAUAUACAUGCAUGGUGACCAACGUGGCAGGUAACUCCAACGCCUCGGCCUACCUCAAUGUGAGCACGGCCGAGCUCAACACCUCCAACUAUAGCUUCUUCACCACUGUCACAGUGGAGACCACCGAGAUCUCACCUGAGGAUACAACGCGCAAAUACAAGCCUGUUCCUACUACAUCUACAGGUUAUCAGCCGGCAUAUACCACCUCUACCACGGUGCUCAUUCAGACCACCCGUGUGCCCAAGCAGGUACCCGCAACAGACACCAAUGAUAAGAUGCAGACCAGCCUGGAUGAAGUCAUGAAGACCACCAAGAUCAUCAUUGGCUGCUUUGUGGCAGUGACUCUGCUAGCUGCCGCCAUGUUGAUUGUCUUCUAUAAACUUCGGAAGCGGCACCAGCAGAGGAGUACAGUCACAGCCGCCCGGACAGUUGAGAUUAUCCAGGUGGAUGAAGACAUCCCAGCGGCGGCGUCUGCAGCAGCAACAGCAGCUCCAUCCGGUGUAUCAGGUGAGGGGGCAGUAGUGCUGCCCACAAUUCAUGACCAUAUUAACUACAACACCUACAAACCAGCACAUGGGGCCCACUGGACAGAAAACAGCCUGGGGAACUCUCUGCACCCCACAGUUACCACAAUCUCUGAACCUUAUAUAAUACAGACCCAUACCAAGGACAAGGUACAGGAAACUCAAAUAUGACUCCCCCUCCCCCCAAAAACUUAUAAAAUGCAAUAGAAUGCACAUACACACACACACACACAAGACAGCAACUUUUGUACAGAGUGGGGAGAGACUUUUUCUUGUAUAUGCUUAUAUAUUAAAUCUAUGGGCUGGUAAAAGAAACAGAUUAUAUUAAAAUUUAAAAACAAAAAGUUAAAACAAAACUAUUUUCUAACUUGUAAGUUCUAUUUAAAGGGGGAGUGGGGUUCUUGGGAACGUUGUGGGGCAGAAGCCACAAGUCAACUUGCUAUGAUGCCAGAAGGGAUUUCUGAUCUAAGGUUGAAACUAAGAUGAACUAAAACAACAAACAUCCCUAAAGAGGCAGGGUGUGGGCUGCUGAGGGGUGCGGAUGGGGUGGGGGGCAGACGGUCAUUUUUUAGAAGAUGCUUCAUAGCAUACAGGACUACCCAUUUCUAGAGACACCUUUCUUAAGCUGAGAGCUGUCUUUGCAAAUUUCUCUUAUUUUAAAAAUACAAAAAAAAAAAAAAAGAAAAAAAAAAGAAAAAAAAAAA